CUUCCGUCGGCGCCAUUUUAGUUAAUACGAAGAUUCUGCAAGAGAAGCACGUUUUCCGAGUGUUACUAUUUUAAGUCUACAAAACUAGUUAAUUAGACAAAAUGGCGGCAAAAGCACCCGCAGUAGGUAUCGACUUGGGCACCACGUAUUCUUGCGUGGGUGUGUUCCAGCACGGCAAGGUGGAAAUCAUAGCCAACGACCAGGGCAACAGGACCACCCCAUCAUAUGUAGCGUUCACAGACACCGAGCGUCUCAUCGGAGAUGCUGCCAAGAACCAGGUGGCGAUGAACCCUAACAACACCAUCUUUGAUGCUAAGCGACUUAUUGGUCGUAAAUUCGAGGAUGCUACCGUGCAGGCUGACAUGAAACAUUGGCCCUUCGAAGUUGUCAGUGAUGGAGGCAAACCAAAGAUAAAGGUCGCAUACAAAGGCGAAGAUAAGACCUUCUUCCCUGAAGAAGUUAGUUCAAUGGUGCUUACAAAAAUGAAGGAAACAGCCGAGGCAUACCUCGGUAAAACUGUGCAGAAUGCAGUCAUUACGGUUCCAGCCUACUUCAACGAUUCGCAAAGGCAAGCCACAAAAGAUGCGGGUACCAUCUCUGGCUUAAAUGUUCUCCGAAUCAUCAACGAACCAACCGCAGCUGCGAUUGCGUAUGGUCUGGACAAAAAGGGAACCGGUGAAAGAAAUGUUCUUAUCUUCGACCUUGGCGGCGGCACUUUCGAUGUAUCCAUUCUGACCAUCGAGGAUGGUAUUUUCGAAGUCAAGUCCACCGCUGGCGACACACAUUUGGGUGGAGAAGACUUUGACAACCGAAUGGUCAACCACUUCGUCCAAGAAUUCAAGAGGAAAUACAAGAAAGACCUUACUAUCAACAAGAGAGCACUCCGUCGGUUGAGAACUGCUUGUGAGAGAGCGAAGAGAACUCUUUCAUCAUCCACCCAGGCUAGCAUUGAAAUUGAUUCCCUGUAUGAGGGCAUCGAUUUCUAUACCUCAAUUACUAGGGCUCGGUUUGAAGAACUGAAUGCUGAUCUCUUCAGAUCUACAAUGGAGCCUGUAGAGAAGUCCCUCCGUGAUGCCAAAAUGGACAAAUCUCAAAUUCACGACAUUGUCCUUGUUGGUGGUUCCACCCGUAUCCCGAAAGUCCAGAAGCUUCUACAGGACUUCUUCAACGGAAAGGAGUUGAACAAGUCCAUCAACCCCGACGAGGCCGUCGCCUAUGGUGCAGCUGUCCAGGCUGCCAUUCUGCACGGUGACAAGUCUGAGGAAGUACAGGACCUGCUGUUGCUCGAUGUAACCCCACUUUCUCUUGGUAUUGAAACUGCUGGCGGUGUCAUGACCACGCUCAUUAAGCGCAACACAACCAUUCCCACCAAGCAAACUCAAACUUUCACAACAUACUCUGACAACCAGCCUGGAGUGCUCAUCCAAGUCUUUGAGGGUGAGCGUGCCAUGACCAAAGACAACAACCUCCUCGGCAAAUUCGAACUGACAGGUAUCCCGCCCGCACCCCGCGGUGUCCCACAAAUCGAAGUCACCUUCGAUAUCGACGCCAACGGUAUCCUCAAUGUGUCUGCUGUAGAGAAGUCUACAAACAAGGAGAACAAGAUCACCAUUACCAACGACAAGGGCCGUCUUUCAAAGGAAGAGAUCGAGCGCAUGGUCAACGACGCCGAGAAAUACAGAAACGAGGACGAGAAACAGAAGGAUACCAUCCAGUCUAAGAACGCUCUUGAGUCAUACUGCUUCAACAUGAAGUCAACAAUGGAGGACGAGAAGCUGAAGGACAAAAUCAGCGACUCCGACAAGCAGACAAUCUUAGACAAAUGCAACGAUACCAUCAAAUGGUUGGACUCCAACCAGCUGGCGGAUAAGGAGGAAUACGAACACAAACAGAAGGAAUUGGAAGCCGUCUGCAAUCCGAUUAUCACUAAGUUGUACCAAGGCGCUGGUGGAGCGCCCGGCGGUAUGCCUGGUGGCAUGCCCGGAUUCCCUGGCGGAGCACCCGGAGCUGGUGGCGCUGCCCCCGGUGGCGGUGCCGGCCCCACCAUCGAGGAGGUCGAUUAAACACAUUCCACAACUUAUUCUCAUGUACCAUCCCUCGCUAAUGUUAUGCUGAUUGUGAUUGCGAUGUUAGCAACCGUAAUUUAAUUCGAAUAUACAUAAUAUAAACUUA